GGCGUCUAUGGGCCGGGCCGCGCCGCGCUUCCGCUCGGCGAGAUGGCUGCGGUGAGGGCCGCGUCCGUGGCGCGGGCGGCGGGGCUGGUGCUCCUGUACUACGGCUUCUCCAUCGGCAUCACCUUCUACAACAAGUGGCUUAUGAAGAGAUUCGCCUUCCCGCUGUUCAUGACGUUGCUGCACCUGCUGGUCAUAUUCGCGCUCUCGGGCCUGGCCAGGCGCUGCUCCCGGCGCCUCUCCGCCACCACCGGGCGCGCCCUCCUGCCCUGGCCCGCCUACCUGCGCCAGGUGGCCCCGACAGCGCUGUCCACCGCCCUGGACGUGGGGCUGAGUAACUGGAGCUUCCUAUACAUCACGGUUUCUCUCUACACCAUGACCAAGUCUUCGGCUGUCCUCUUCAUCUUGCUUUUCUCCCUGAUCUUCAAGCUGGAGGAGCCGAGAGCCGCCCUCGUGCUGGUAGUCCUGCUCGUUGCCGGAGGGCUCUUCCUGUUCACCUACAAAUCCACCCAGUUCGACACCGAAGGGUUUGCCCUGGUGUUGGGCGCCUCUUUCCUGGGGGGCGUCCGCUGGACACGGACGCAGAUCCUUCUGCAAAAAGAUGAGCUGGGGCUCCAGAAUCCCAUCGACACCAUGUUCCAUUUGCAGCCUGCCAUGUUCCUGAGCCUCUUCCCACUCUUUGCUGUCUUUGAAGGCCUGUCCUUGUCUGCGUCAGAGAAGCUCUUCCGUUUCCACGAGGUGGAGCUGUUGGUGGACCUGCUGGGGAAGCUGGCCCUGGGAGGGGUUUUGGCAUUUGGGCUGGGCUUCUCCGAGUUUCUCUUGGUAUCAAGAACCUCCAGCCUCACCUUCUCCAUCUCUGGGAUCUUCAAGGAAGUCUGCACUCUGAUCCUCGCCGCCCACCUCAUGGGAGACCGCCUUACUCCACUGAACUGGUUGGGCUUUGCUGUUUGCCUGCUGGGGAUCUCUCUGCAUGUGGCCCUGAAGGCCCUCCAUUCCGGGGGGCCAAAGGGUGCCAAGCAUCCCAAGGCACCCGGCUGCACUGCAGACCUGGAGCUCCUGCUGCUGCUGGAUUCCCAGGAGGAGGAGGAGGAGGCUGAGAAUCCCCCCCAGCUCUGAGCCACCCCCUUGGCAGGCCGGGAGGGCACCUGCUGAACUCUCCAAGGGAGAGCACCAGUGCUGGGGUGGGGCAGGAUUGCUGUGUUCCCUAGAGUGGGGUGGGAGCGAUGCUCGGCCUGGGGAUUGUGGGGCAGGCGGCAGGGGCCACUUCAGGCCUUCCUCCAGCCUGCGUGGGCAGGGCGCUCUCUUUCGCUUGUGGGGGCUUCAUGCCACAGGCCGGUCUGGCAAGAAGCACUGACCCUGCAGUCAGUGGCAUGCGGAGGCUGCUGGUGGAGGAGAGGCUGUGUCUACCUGGACCGAGCGUGUCUUGGUUCCUGGUAUCUCAAAAAAUGCAUGUGGAUGGCAAGGGUGGCCUGUUUGGAAGGGUGCUUGGGGAUUUGCCAAAAAACCUGUGGAGAUGCUUUGGGGAUCAGAAAUGUCCCCAAAGAAUGCUGCCUCCCCCUCCCCCGGUGCCCCUUCUGGGGAGAGAAGAGGCUCUGCCCCUGGGCCAGGAAGGUUCCUGCGGGGAACAUCCCAAGGUGCUGCUAACUGCCCUGCUUCUCUGGCCAUGAUCAGGAAAAAUAGGAGGACUGAGGACUCGGAACAUCAGCCUGCCCUGAAGGGGAGAGGUGGGCAGCUGAGCCUGAGCGCGGGAGGAGCCUCCCUUCUGCAACAGCUGAUGUCCGUCUCAGGGCUGCCGCACAAGUGGCUUCCUGCACCAGGCAGGGUGGACCGGAUGGAAGCGCCUCUGAAAUGAGGAACCCAGGUGAAUGGAGGGGGAUGGAUGAGUGCCCUGAUUGGCGCACACCGCUGCAGGGAUCGUUGGGCUGAAAGAAUGCAAGAACGCCCCGGGCCAGGAGGUGCAGGUUACACCAUUUGGCUCAUUGCAUAAGAGUGAAAGACCACCCCGUGCAUCAUGCGAUGCUCAAUUUGCAUAGCAAGUCUCUCCCCAAUAAAUUGAUGUCCAAAUCA